UGACAAUAAUUGCCUACCUUUCACUACUCAACACCUUUCUCAUGCAGUCGCACUCUUGAGUGCAAGAUGAUUCCUCGAAUGACAACCCAAAGGUUUUACCUCCUGGGCGAGGACGCCUCAACGGCGCGGGAAGUCCAAGUCACAUCGGACACAGACCUCCAAGAUCUACAAGAGAUUAAUGUGAGCCUUCCCUCAGUCAAGGACGUCUUGGCGGCACAGGAUGCCGUCGCCGUCAGCAUCGACGGCAAGAAGGUCCGGGAGGUCCCUGGGCCAAAAGGCCUGCCGUACGUGGGAAGCUUCUUCGAGAUCUACCCAGACCAUCUCGGCAACCACCAGCGUCUGUUCGACAUGUACGGCCCCAUGUUCAAAACGACAACCAUGGGCCGCACAAUCUACCACACCAACGACCCGGUCAUCGCCAGCAUCGUCUUUGCCGAGAGCGAGUUCUUCUCCAAGCUCAUCAACGAAGACCACCCGCUGUACCCUAUCAAGAACCAGCCCGCGGGCGUGUUCCUCGGCGACACUAACACUGAGGAGUGGCGCACUGCCCACAAGUUCCUGCCCCCGGCAUUCGGGCCCAAGGCGGUCCGGCACUAUGCGCCUACGAUGCAGAAGACGGUCGAGGAUGCGUUUAAGGUUUUUGAUGAACUGGAUGAGCGGGGAGAGGCGUGGAAUGUGUAUCCGUACAUGCUGAAACUCGGGUCUCAGGCGGUAGGGAAGUUGGUUUUGGGCGUCGAUUUCCACCACUUCAGCGCGGUAGACGCCCGUCUGCACGAGAUGGUCAUGUUGAUUGCCGAGGGCCUGGAGCUCAACAAGAAGGUUACCUCACGGGGGGCUUGGUAUGCUGCAUUGCCGUUUGGCGACCCGAAACGGUUGCGGGACAUGCGCGGACGGAUAUUUGAUCUUAUGGAUGAGCCCUUCCGCAAUGCUAAGCGGGGGGGCGUUGAGGAUCUUGAUCUGCAAGAUGCUGCACUCAAGGCGGAGAACAUGAUCGACUACGUCGUCCGCGCAACCGACAGCAAAGGCAACAAACUCCCACAGUCCUCCUGCAUCGAAGCGCUGCUCGUGGCCACCGGCGCCGGCUUCACCACAACCAGCUCCCUCCUCUCCUGGCUCAUCUACGGCCUCGUAACCUACCCGGGCAUGCAAGACCGACUCCUCCAAGAGCUAAUCGACAACGACUUUGACGAAAAUACCCAAAUCACCGCCGAGCUCACCAGCAAACUAACCUUCCUCGACAAAUUCAUCAAAGAAACCCAACGGCGGCACAACCCGUCCUUCCAGCCCGCCCGCACCGCCCUGCGAGACGUCAUACUCCCAGGCGGGUACAAGAUCCCGCAGGGCGGCGUUGUGAUUCCCGCGCUGCAUCAUAUCCACAACAACCCGGCUGUCUGGGACAGUCCGGCGAGGUUUGACCCGGACCGGUGGGACACGGAGCAGGUCAGGAACAGGCACAAGGCGGCGUAUAUCCCGUUUGCGACGGGACCAAGGUCGUGUAUAGGUUUCAAUUUCGCGCUGCAGGAGAUUAAGGUUUUUCUGCCGAAGCUGGUGUAUCGGUAUCGGUUUGAGAGGGAGGAUGAGACGGAGACGGUGGAGUAUGAUCCUAUGUUUCAGCUGAUUAGGCCGGUCAAUCUGUAUGUCAGGGCUGAGAGGAGGACGGAGUGGCCGGCCAAGUGCCGGGCGUGAGCACACAGGUCAAGGGGGUCACUUCGUGGUGUUGUAUAAUGCUGUGGUAUUUCGGCUAUCAUUGCCGCUAUGUAGUAUGUAUGUACAGUAUCUGGGAAGAUUCAUGGUGAUAGAGUUGGUACUGGUAUGUUAUGAUACACGUCCACGGGUAGGAGGCGUUCCACUAGACUCAACCAUUGAAUUGUGAACUUCUGAUUGUGGGUGGUUAUGAUCGUUUCUCCCUGCUAGGUCUUAGGUUCAUGUUACUUCUUGGUUUUGCC